ACUCCUCUAGUGCUGUCUGUGCGUAGCGCGGGUUUCGGUCGGUGUACACACGAGGGCUCGCUUCUUCCGAUGCUUUGAUUGUUGUUCCUCUGCAAACCGGAAAGUUGGGCUUGCCUUGAAGUAAUUCGGCAGUAUUUUUCUUCUCUAUUAAAUCAAUAUGGGAGACUCAAACGAAGACAAGCUUUACAAAGCCGAAUAUGCUAAAAGUGGCCGUGCGUCGUGCAAGAAAUGCAAGGAGAACAUUGCUAAAGAUUCGCUCCGAAUGGCCAUCAUGGUGCAGUCGCCCAUGUUUGACGGGAAGGUCCCCCACUGGCACCACUUCUCCUGCUUCUGGCAGCGGGCAGCGGCCCAGUCCACCGCGGACAUCGCUGGCUUCUCGGACCUCCGCUGGGAGGACCAGGAGAAGGUCAAAAAGGCCAUCGAGACCGGAGGAGUGACCGGAGGCAAAGCAGACCAAAAAGGCGGAGCCAAAGGAGAGAAGACGCUCAAUGACUUUGCUGUGGAAUAUGCCAAGUCUAACCGCAGCACCUGCAAAGGCUGCGAGCAGAAAAUAGAAAAGGAUCAGAUCCGCGUGUCCAAGAAGUCAGUGGAUGCGGAGAAGCCCCAGCUGGGUCUGAUCGACCGCUGGUACCACACAGCCUGCUUCGUCAGCCGCCGCGAGGAGCUGGUGUUCAAGUCCGAGUACAGCGGCGCCCAGCUCAAGGGCUUCAACGCACUGCGGGCCGAGGACAAGGAGGACCUGAAGAAGAGGCUGCCCGCGGUGAAGUCUGAAGGAAAGAGAAACGGUGACGAGUUGGACGGGGUGUCAAAGAAAGUGAAGAAGGAGAAAGAAGACGAAGAUAAAAAGCUUGAGGACCAACUAAAGGUGCAGAGUCAGCUGAUAUGGGGCAUCAAGGACAAGCUGAAGAAGAACUGCUCCGCCAACGACAUGAAGGAGCUGCUGAUUGCCAACUCCCAGGAGGUGCCAUCUGGAGAGUCCAACCUGGUGGACUGCCUGGCGGACGGCAUGGCGUUCGGCUCCCUCCAGCCCUGUGCGGAGUGCAAGGGGCAGCUGGUGUUCAAGGGCGACGCCUACUACUGCAGCGGGGACAUCUCUGCCUGGACCAAGUGUGUGUUCACCACCAAGUCGCCCGUCCGCACAGACUGGGUCAUUCCAAAGGAAUUCCACGAGGUUCCCUUCCUCAAGAAGUUCAAGUGUAAGAAACAGGACCGGAUCUUCCCCAAGGUUGAGCCCAACGCCACCCUGGUCGUCGCCACCGCUGCCUCCAGUGGGUCGACUAAACCUUUCCCAGAAGGGGCCCCAGCUGGCAAGCCUCUGACGGGCAUGAAGCUGCUUGCUGUGGGUAAACUGAAGAAGAACAAGGAUGAGAUCAAGGCUGUCGUGGAGGAGAUGGGCGGGAAGAUAACCCCCUCAGCCAAUAAGGCGGACCUCUGCCUCAGCAACGCAAAGGAGCUGGAGAAGAUGACCAAGAAGAUGGAGGAGGUGAAGGAGGCCGGGGUGCGAGUGGUCGCCGAGGAGUUCCUCACGGACGUCAAGGCGUCGGGCAAGUCUCUCCAGGAGCUGGUCUCUGUGCACGCCAUCUCUCCCUGGGGGGCAGAGGUCAAGGUGGAGGUCAAAGUGGAGCCCAAGGCUGCUGCCGUGCCCUCAAAGUCCGGGGCCAUGGCCGCCAAGAGCACCGGCCGCGUGAAGGAGGAGGAAGGGGGCAGCAAGUCUAAGAAGAUGAAGCUAACUGUGAAAGGAGGAGCUGCCGUGGACCCUGAUUCGGGCCUGGAGAACAGCGCCCAUGUCCUGGAGCAGAGUGGGAAGAUGUACAGCGCCACCCUGGGUCUGGUGGACAUCGUCCGCGGAACCAACUCCUACUACAAGCUGCAGCUCCUGGAGGACGACGUCCAGAAGCGGUACUGGGUGUUCAGGUCCUGGGGCCGCGUGGGCACCACCAUCGGGGGCCACAAGCUGGACAAGUUUAGUGACAAGCUCGCAGCCAUGGACAACUUCCUGGGCGUCUACACGGAUAAGACUGGCAACACCUGGAACUGCACCAACUUCACCAAGUAUCCCAAUAAGUUCUACCCGCUGGAGAUCGACUACGGACAGGACGAGGAGGCUGUGAAGAGGCUCACGGAGAGUGCUGGCACCAAGUCUGAGCUGGCCAAGCCCGUCCAGGAGCUCAUCAGGAUGAUCUUUGACGUGGAGAGCAUGAAGAAGGCCAUGGUGGAGUUUGAGAUUGACCUCCAGAAGAUGCCCCUGGGAAAGCUGAGUAAGAGGCAGAUCCAGAGCGCCUACGCCCUCCUCAGUGAGGUGCAGCAGGCUGUGACAGACAGUUCGGCUGAGUCCCAGAUCCUAGACCUGUCCAACCGCUUCUACACGCUCAUCCCCCACGACUUCGGCAUGAAGAAACCCCCUCUGCUGAGCAACCUGGACUACGUUCAGUCCAAGGUCCAGAUGUUGGACAACCUGUUGGACAUUGAGGUGGCCUACAGCCUGCUGAGAGGAGGGGCAGAGGACAACGGGAAGGAUCCCAUCGAUAUCAACUAUGAGAAACUCAAAACCAAGAUUGAAGUGGUUGACAAGAACAGCGAGGAGGCCGAGAUCAUUAUGCAAUAUGUCAAGAACACACACGCUGCUACACACAACACCUACACACUGGAAGUAGACGAGAUCUUCAAAAUAGUUCGCGAGGGCGAGUACCAAAGGUUCCGGCCCUUCAAGGACCUGCACAACCGGCAGCUGCUGUGGCACGGCUCGCGCACCACCAACUACGCCGGCAUCCUGUCUCAGGGUCUGCGCAUCGCCCCCCCAGAGGCCCCUGUGACUGGUUACAUGUUCGGCAAGGGUGUGUACUUUGCCGACAUGGUGUCCAAGAGUGCAAACUACUGCCACGUGUCACAGUUGGAUCCCGUAGGCCUUUUACUUCUGGGAGAGGUCGCCCUUGGCAACGUACAUGAACUGAAGAAGGCUGCGCACAUUACCAAACUACCUAAGGGAAAACACAGUGUUAAAGGUGUGGGCAGAACCGCCCCUGAUCCCGGGUCCACUGCCACUCUAGAUGGGGUGCAGGUGCCGCUAGGAAAGGGCUGCAAUACCAACAUCGACGACACCAGUCUUCUCUACAACGAGUACAUCGUUUACGACGUUGCACAGGUUAACCUGAAGUACCUGCUGAAGACCAAGUUCAACUACCAGACGUCUCUUUGGUGAGAGAGGCCCGCGGUCAAACCGUCCAAUCGGUUAAACUCAAAGAACGACCCCACGACCACCACGUCACCCGGACGCCCAGCUUGUCUGCAUCCUCAGCAGACCACCAUGUUCCACAACGGAUCCAAGCUGUUGCGCCUAUAUUGUUCCUGUUGAUGUUUAAGUUCCCUAAAUGCACUCCCCAUAACGUAAUAACUGUCAACUGCUUAAGCAUUGGUAUAUUAUUAGGCACUUUGGUGUCCAUCUUGGUAGGGAACUCGCUGCUGUUGAAGCGAGGCACAAUACUGUACGGAACGUUUCGGGCACUGUUUAGUGAUCUCCUGUUUCUCUCGAGGUAGCGGUUCAAGAAAUACAAUGUUACCGUUUUCUUUUGUUUUUUCAUAAAUCUGGUAAUAACAAAUAGUAGCGGGAUGGUAAUCUUUUCAACCAUAAGAAUUACUGUCAGAAACAAGCUAUCGGCGACGUAGAGUGGAAGUCCUAGACCAUUGUUGUUCUGGGUGCCGUCUUUAGGAUUUCCUUGUCCUUUAAUCAGUCUUCCAAGUUCUUUGGUUUUUAGGACAAUGAUACUGUAAAUUAAACUGCUGUUGAAUGUGGUUCUGGUUCAUGUUACUUUGUUUCAUUCACAUCAAAGAAUAAAAAUCUUGAGACAUACCUAGAUUAUUUUGCAUCA